UAAAACCCUAGCUCCAAAACCUCUUCCAUUUCCCUCCCACCUCUACACUACAGCCCCUUAACAGUUCGUUUUCGUUCAAGAAAGAAAAUUCUGCCGGCAAUGGAGACUUUUGAAGUCAGCGGAAGCACCAUUUCUCUUGCCCUCUUCACCGAUGUUUCCAAUUCUAAAGAACUACUGGAUUCUAUGCAAGCUGGAAAAUUAGAGCCAGAAGUGGCACUACUAAAUGCAUCACUUAUUCCAGAUGUUUUUCCUGUUUUAGCAGCUGCACAUAAGACACUUCUAGCUAAAUCAAGGGAGUCUCUCACCACACGAACUCUCCAUUCUGAACUUGUUUAUAAUUACUCGGGCUCUAAGCAUAUAUCAGAAUCCUUAAAAAGAUGUGGCAUCUCAGACGACACAACUUACGUCCUUGUGGCUCGCUUUGGUGCUUCAACUGAUGAGAUUGCGGCCAUAGAGAAACUGAUCAAAGGUACACAGAUUGACCUCAAGGAAUUAAAACAAAAAGCCAGCCAUGCCCAGAUUCAAAAGCACUACAAGAUAUCAAACUUGGAGCUUGAGAUAUCGUCAUUAUCAGAUGCAAUAACCUGCAGAAUUGCUGUUCGAGAUGCCUUGUGAGCAAUGGCAUGAUCUUCAAUAUGCACAAUGUUUCAAGUACUUGCUGUCUUUGGUUAAGGGUGUAGCAGAAGAUUUACUACAUUUCAGAGCUUGCAUAAUUAAUGUAGUUUUCCGUAUUGUCAUUAUUGGCUUUGACUAAUGAAAGCCUUUGUAUUAUGCUUGUCUUGUUGGAUUAAAUUUGAACAAUUGAACCACACUGAGGAACCAUACACAUUUGUUAUGUAUCUUAUAGUUCAAGACAGUCUUGUCAUUGCAGAAUUCUUGGAAUAGUAUUUAUGUUCCUACUA